AUGAUGUAUGUAAAUAGAAUAAAGCUACAGCCCUCUGGAGUUGGAAAAGGCAAGAAAGAUAUUAAUUCUUCUUGCCUUAAGUUUAUUACAAUAAAGAAGUGUCCAGAUCUGGCGCGCCUCCUGGCCACGCCUUGCAACGUCUCCUCACGCCUUCCCCGCUCUAAACGUGAAACUCGCGAAACAGCCGACCGCCUCGGGCGACUUCCUGCCGCCUCUCUCCGACGCGCUCGCCGACGCGCGGGAAGGCAUGCCUUUGAAAACACUGCUCAGGAGCUUUCUGACACUUUCCCAGAUAUGCAGUACAAGGAUACUCAAGUUUCAGUGCCUCCCCGUGCAUCCGAUCCUGGCUGGGCUCAUGGUAUUAUGGUGAAUGGAGGUCGCCAGAAGAUUAAGUGCAAAUACUGCCAUAAAGUAAUGCUUGGGGGCGGAAUUUCCAGACUAAAACAGCAUUUGGCUGGGGAAAGGGGGAAUGUAGCUCCGUGUGAGGAAGUACCUGAAGAAGUUAAAGUGCAGAUUCAACAACAUCUUGGUUUUAAAGUACUGGAGAAGCUUAAAAAGCAGAAAGGAUUAAGUAAUAGCAAGGAUUCCGCACCCUACUUGCAGUAUAGGGAAGAAGGAGAAAAUGAAGAUGGAAUGAGAACUCAAAAAACCGUUUGCACACGAGGCAAGCGAAGGAGAAGGGAAAAAGAGGCUAUGGAAUGCAUUUCAAAUCAAAUGAAGAAGCACAAAAAACAUUCUUUCCCUGCUGCAACAACUAUUGUUGCUCAACCUUUACAUCAGAGUUUUGCUUCUCAAGAGAUCAUAGCCCAAGCUGAUUUGGCUGUUGCAAGAUUUAUGUAUGAAUCCGGUAUACCAUUCACUGCUGCGAAUUCGCAUUUUUAUCAACAGAUGGCUGAUGCCAUUGCUGCUGCAGGACCUGGCUAUAAGAUGCCUUCUUAUCAUGCUUUGAGGGGAAAACUGCUGAACAAAAGCGUUCAGGACGCAGAAGAAUAUGAAGAGGAACUCAGAAAAUCUUGGGAUGUGACUGGGUGUUCUGUCAUGGUUGAUAGGUGGGUGGAUAAAACUGGUAAUUCAGUUAUAAACUUCUUUGUAUACUGUCCUAAAGGCACUCUGUUCCUCAAAUCUGCAGAUGCAUCAGACAUUUCAGAAUGUCCAGAUGCACUUCUUAAUUUAUUUGACUGCGUUGUUCAAGAAGUUGGGCAUAAGAGGAUUGUCAAUUUUGUCACAGAUGCUUCAGCCAGUUGUAAAGCUGCAAGAAAACUCCUAAUGGAGAAAUAUAAAACCUUUUUCUGUAGCCAAAAGAUUACUCAAUUUAUAUACAACAGUGCUUGGAUGCUUAAUCUAGUGAGGAGGAAAACAGGUGGAAGAGACAUAGUCCAGCUCGCAAGCACAAGAUUUGCUUCCACCUUCCUGACACUACAGAAUAUGGUAGCUUUGAAGCACCGGCUCGAAAAGAUAUUUGCCAGUGCUGCUUGGAUGCAUUCAACCUUCUCUAAGCAAAAGGCUGGACUUGAGCUGGCAGAGAUUAUUGCGGACCAACUUUUCUGGUCACUGUGUGAUCAAAUUCUGAAGGUGACUAAGCCCCUACUUUCUGUUUUUCAGCUUAUGGACUGCGAGGAGAAGCCAUCUGUUGGCUAUGUGUAUGAUGCAAUGGAAAAAGCAAAGAAAAGUAUAAUUGUGUCCUUUGACAAUAAGGAAUCUGACUACGUGCCAUAUCUGGAGAUUAUUGAUCACAUUUGGCAAGAGGAGCUUCAUAGUCCCCUUCAUGCAGCUGCAUACUAUCUCAACCCUUCUAUAUUUUAUAACCCUAGCUUUUCUACUAACAAAGUCAUCCAGAAGGGAUUGCUGGACUGUAUUGAAACCUUAGAGCCUAACUUAACAGCUCAAGUUGUGAUUACGAGCAAUAUAAAUUUCUACGAGGAAGCUGUAGGGGAUUUUGGUCGACCUGUUGCAUUACGUUGUCGAGAAUCAUUGGCCCCAGCUACUUGGUGGUCACUGUAUGCAGCAGAUUAUCCCGAUCUCCAACGAUUAGCUGUCAGGAUACUAAGUCAAACUUGCAGCAUUAUUCGAUAUAAGCGGAGUAGGACCAUGUUUGAACGUAUGUGUUCGAAGAAAAAGAACCGAUUGGAGCAGCAAAGGUUCAACCACCUUGCAUUUGUUCAUUAUAACUUGCACCUUCAACAUAGGCGUUCUGAAGCAAGUAAAGCCAUUUAUACGAGAGGUACACUCGAUCCUAUAUGCUUAGAAGCUAUCGAUGCCAACAUGGGAGAUUGGGUGGAAGAUCUGGGAGCUAUUGGCAGCGAUGGCCUAAGCUGGAUGGAUGUGACAGUCCCUGGUGAGUGGAAAUUUUUGAAUCAUAAAGUAGAGAAUAUGGAUGACUGUAAUGACAGUACAGAUGAUAGGGGUAGUGAUGAUGGGAGAGGUGUGGACACAAAUGAUGACAUGUAG